AUGGCUAGAACAAAAUGGAGAUCUCCAGGUCAUAAAUAUGCUAAAAAGGCAGAAGCCAGACUAAAAAAACAAGAAGAAGGUGAAGAAGUUGAAGAAGAAGUUGAAGAAGAAGGUGGUGCAAGUGACGAAAGUGGUGGAGAGAAAAAGAAAGUUGUAGUAAAAAAAUCUAAAACACCAAUUACAUCAUCAUCAUCAUCAUCAUCAUCGUCAUCCACCAAUGAUAAAUCAUUUAAUCUUUCAGAUAAAAGAAAAAUCUCAUAUAGUAACUUUAAAGGUUUGGAACGUAUUGAUAUCCGUGAAUUUUUUGAAGAUAAAUCUGGUGAAUUAAAACCAAGUUCAAAAGGUAUUUCAUUAACAAGAGAACAAUUUAUGGUUAUAUUAGAAAAUGGUGAUACGAUUAAAGAUUGGAUAAAAGAAAGUAAAUAA